GCGGAAUGAGGAGGAGCAGCAGCAAGCAAGCAAGAAAAGGGGCGGGGCUUCAGUAGCAGCGGCGCGUGGCCUCGCCCCGCCCCCUCCAACGGUUUUGCGCGUGGCCGCGGCUUCGCGGGAGCGUUGCGCGCCUUUUCUCCGGCGGCGUGGUGGGAGGCGGGAAAAGGCGGGAUGCUCCCCUCGGCGGGUUUCUUCAGGAGCCUCCCUUGCCCCUUCGACGCUCGCGGGUGUCGGCGGCCCCACUGCCAGUACAGACACGAGGCCCUUCGGCGCCGGCUUCAAGGGGAGCCGCCGGUCCCUCAGCCGCGGCCGCUGAGUGGCUCUUCCGCGCAGGGUCUUGAUAAAAAUAUCCAAGAAUUAGAAAUGAUCAACAAAGCAAUUCAGUCACUCAAGACUGAAGUUGAAGAGCAGAAGAAACUAUUCUGUUACGACUGGGUGCAAGAUUUCAAAAAUAAUGUGAUUUUUGCAACCAAUCACAACAAAGGAAAUAAAUCUUUCUCUGAUGAAGGUGAUGCCUGUAAUAGUCCUGUAGAAGUAAAAAAUAAUACCAUUUCAAUCUCAAAAGAAUCUAAAAGGUCCAGUAAAUAUAUUCUUGACCAUAGCUGUCCAGCUACUGAUCUUGAAUAUGACCCAUUACUCAAUUAUUCUGCAGGUCUCGGGUCUUCUUUGAAGGAAGUAGAUAAAAAUGACACAUGCCACUCUAAACAUUUUAAAGUCUCUCAUUGUAGAGAUUUACAAGCAUCUAUAAAAACUUUUCCAGGUGAAAAUAGAUUCAGAUCCCCAAGGAAGAGAUCAGUAAGUUCUUCACCAAUAAAACUCCAGGAAUCAGAUGAUGAUAUGCUUAUAAUAGAUGCCCCACCAAUGAAUGUAUCAAAGAAACCAAGAAUAAGCAAGACCUAUAAAAAGUGGAAUAGGGAAGUAAAUGAAAUGAGUUUUGGAGCUAAUUUAGAAACUGUUCAGAACUCUGGAACAUCAGAUAUUUUAAAAAAUUUAGAGGGAGAAAGAUCAGAAGUCAUCACUGUUGGCCUGCAUAGUGUGAAUCAAAGUGAUGGAAAUAAAAGUAAAAUAAAAAUUUCAGCAGCAGAAAGUGCUUAUUUAGCAGAUGUCAAAGCGAGUGCUUUGAAUGUAGGAAGCAAACUUUGGACAAAAUAUUACCCUGCUACUAAAGGCAAUAAUGUAUCUCCUCAGAUGAAGUUUGAAAUGAACAAAGAAACUUUGAAGGAGGAGUCACUGAAUGUUACUUCUGUUAAAGCAUGCAAUAUGACUGAGGAGGUUAGUAAUCAUAAAACUUUGCUGAAAAACAAAACUCAGACUAACCUAUAUUCUAGAGGCAGUACAAAAGAUAGAGUUACAGCACUACAAGAAAGCUCUAAAAAAGAUCCAAUACCUUUUGGGAAAUGGAGUAUUCAGCUACAUGGGAAAAGCAAUGCAUUGCCUAUUAAACGAAGCUGUGUUCCAGUUUUGAGUGGGGAUACAUUUGUCGAAAAAACUGGUGAAAAUUGUACUGAUAAAACUAUGAAAAUGGAUGCCAAAGAAAAUGAGAUAAUAGUAUUAGACUCUUCCGAAGAAGAUGACGUUGAAGAGGAUAAUGAACUUUCUGAAUCAGAUGAUACUAUGGAAGAAUGUCGGAGAAUUUUCAAUGAGUUUGUUGAACAUGAAGCACAAAAGGAAAGAUUAGCAAAGCAGCAGGCCCUUGCAGCGCAAACAGACGUAAACUCAGAUUUGAAGACAAGUAUGCUUCCUGGACAGAAGAGAAGAAUUGCACACACUGCAAAAUUUGAUGUUAAUACCACUAAAGAAAUAAUUGUGCCUUUAAAAGCACCUCUUCCACAGCGGACUUGUCAUUCCAGAAUACUGAAAGCACAGCAACAAGCAACACAAAUAACAACUGCUGUUAAAAGUGGUCAAGCUUUUGUUGCUGCAACUUGCGGCCCAAAGAGAACUGCAUCUGUAAUACCAGCUACUCAGAUUCAAAGCAUGGGCCCCAUAGUUUGUUUAAAUGUGUUUGAAGUUCAGCCUGUUGGAACAAGCACUGGCCAAGUGAAUGUACUACUUCCUGGAAAUGCAUUAACAUCAGUGCCAUGUAGACUUUCCAAUUAUCCUGUAAAAAAAAAUACUCCCAAGCCAAUUAAGGCAUCAAGUCGGAGAAGGCCUCCUGUGAUUGUGGAGCUGGGAUCCAAAGUACCACAUGACACAAGGCAACGAUAUGUCAAUUUUUUUUUUGAAGAAUUCUUGAAAGAUUGUGCAACAGUCAAUGAAGCUUUUGACAAGGCAUUGAUAGAAGAAAAGGCAAUAUAUGACCGUUGUGGUAGUAAAAAUAUAUACUUGAACAUAGCUGUGAACAAGCUUAAAAAAUUGAGGGAUCAUAGCAGUGUGUCAGCAGAUGGCCAGCCCUCAGACAAUAAAUGCACUACUUCAACUGGCUUUAGAAAAGAAGAAAAAAAUGAUUUUACAGGAAUUACUCUCUAUAAACUUCUAAAAGAAUAUGCUUUGACUGAUGAACAGUUGAAGGAAAAUGGCUUCCCUGAACCAAAUCCUGAGAAACCUGGCAGUGCUAUACUAUGCAGUGGCGCCAUAAAAGCAGCUUUAUCUGACUCUUCCAGAAGAAUUUGUUGUCGAUGCGGAGAAAUAUAUACUGUAACUUCAUCAGGAAGACAUGUUCGGAAAGAAGAAUGCAGCUACCAUUCUGGUAGGGUAUUAAGGCAUAAAGUUCCGGGUGGUUUGGAAACACGUUACAGUUGUUGCGAAGGAGUGGUAGGAUCUCCUGGAUGCCAGGUUGCAAAGCUCCAUGUUCAUGAUGGCAGAAAAGAAAAUAUAGAUGGCUUUGUGAAGACUUUCAUCAAACCACCUCCACUUGAUGGAAAUCAUGGUGUAUUUGCGUUAGAUUGUGAAAUGGUUUUCUGGAGUGACGGCAGAAGACAUGAAGAAUACUGUAACAUCAAUUCGGGACGUGCAGGCAAUAUUGUUAAACUUGUUUAGUGCAGACACAAUUUUAAUUGGACAUAGUUUAGAGAGUGAUUUGUUUGCUCUUAAGGUAUAUUAUACAGAAUGAUAAUAUAUUUAUAAUGAUUUGAAAUGUUUUGCUUAAAACCUGUUCAGGUUUAACUUCUGUGUCCUGUCUAAUACUGCACACAGAAGUGUCCUGCUGGAUUUAUACCAUCUAGCGCAGCAUUCUGUUUCCCACAGUGAUUAACCCACUGCCUCUGGGAACAUGAGGACAACUCUCUCCUUUAUGGGUCCAGGUUCACUGGUGUGGUGUGGGUGAGGGAUAGAUCUAACAUGAAUUGCAAUAAAACAGGAUAGGAGUAUUGGAAUUUAAAGAAGCCAUAACUUUAUUGAUUACAGAUUUCAGCAGGUUUUGGCACUAGGUGUAUAUCCUGAAAUUGACCAAUUGUUGUUCCCCAGCAACUGAUAUUCAUAAGCCUCUAGUCCUAGAGGUGACAUGCAGGCAUAUAGUCAUCAUGAAUAAUAGCCAUUGAUGGGUGGCUGUAUACUUGAUGAAUUUGACUAAUUUUUUAAAAUAAGCAAAGCUAGUCACCAUCACGGUAUAUUGCUGCAGCAAAUUCUAUAGUUUAACUAUGCUCUGAGAAAUAACUGCUAUGGUAAACAUGUUACAGAGAAUGGGAGGAUGGGUUGUGUAGCUUGCUAGCCAGGAAAGAGUCUAGGAUGCGUAGUAUGAGGCCUUUUAUAACCUUCCCCCAAAUCUAGUUCCCAAAUGCCAUGUUGGGCCAAAAUCCAAACCCUUGUGAGAGUACCUUGCCCUCUCGCCCUCAGAAUGGCCAGGGCUUCCCAGCCAUUGGAUGCUAUGCUACUGGAGAGACAUGGCAAUAGUGGCACAAGGUAGCUGCAGGCUUUUCACCACUUCCCAGUGGCAUUGCUGUGGCUCAGAGGCCCCUAUGUGAAAAAGUUAAUGUGAUAUGGUUUUUGUUGUUGUUGUUUAGUCGUGUCCGACUCUUCGUGGCCCCACGGACCAGAGCACGCCAGGCACUCCUGUCUUUCCACUGCCU